AUGCAUCCUCAAGCCUUCAUUUCAGGCCUCAUACUCCUUCUCUCGGCUGCCACGGAUUCUUUCCCAGAAGUGCAUGGAGUAGGGGGUCACCCUGUGACACUGCCGUGCACUUAUCCAGUGUCUAAUGGACUCUCAUCCAUGUGUUGGGGCCAAGGGGCGUGUGCUUCUGACACGUGUGGACAAACACUUAUCUGGACUGAUGGCUACAGAAUCUCCUACCGGACAAACAACCGCUACCAGCUGAAGGGGCAGCUUCUUCAAGGAGAUGUGUCCUUGACAAUAGAGAAUGCCACUCAGAGUGACAGAGGUCUCUACUGCUGUCGGGUGGAAAUGACGGGAUGGAAAGGUGUACAGACACUGACCACCUCACUGCAAGUUCAACCCGUUUACACCAACACUGUGACAUCUUCACACCGCCCUUGGAAUAAUCACACUGAAGUGGUCCCCACACCAAGCCCCCUGAAGAUCCCCACCAAGGGCCUCUACAUCGGCAUCUCCGUGUCUGUUGUGCUGCUGCUUCUCAUGAGCAUCCUGAUGAUCAUAAAGUGCAGACACAUGAGAAAGAAGAGGAAGCCAGAGAUCAACUCUCGCUGUGGUUCAUUUGUCUUCCAUGAUUAUAAAAAGAAAGCUUUUGAAAGCACAGUGAAAUCCCAAGGUGAAGACAUAGUCUACAUUAUCGAAGACAAUCUUCAUCCCAGGAAUGACUCUCAGUUGCCCUCUAAGAUGACAUCAUUCCAAGACUGUAGAUGA